AAAUGUUGCCAUGCGCAGAAGUGCGACCACCAUCGGUACAGAAUUAUCAGGAAAAUUCAAUUUCAAAAGUUGCACUGUAAUGAACGGUAUAAAAUGCCAAAAAGACCGUACCCUGAAGAUGACGAUAAUCAACCAAUAAAGAAACAGCAAAAUUCCAAAACCAAGUCACGAAACAUCAGGUCUUCAUCUUCAGAAAGAACGUUGCAAUUAUUAUACGAAGGGGCCGCAAAACUUGAUUAUUACCUUGAAACCAAAAAAGAGCAAUCCAAAGUUGUAUGUACAGGCUGUUCGAAACCUAUGGCGGGCACAAUUAGUUGUAAUUAUUGCGAACACGACGUUUGUUGCGAUUGUAAAAAUACGUGUUAUAAAUGUUGUAAUGAAUUUUGCUCCAAGUGCUCUUUUCUUACGUAUGACCAAAAUGAGGCAGUUUGCUACACAUGCUGCACGUAUUGAAAAUGAUAGUGGAUUGUAAAUAGUCACAUAAUUUAUAAUUUAUUUUCAAAUCAACUGGAAUAUCAAUGUGUAUUUUAUUUUGAA